AGAAAUUAAUUAGUCAUGGCAUUCCAGGACCUCAGAAACAGAUUAUAUCUCCAAAACCGAGGAAUAUUUCAGGAAUGCCCACAGCUGCGAGGAGGGUUGGCAGUCCUGGGGCGUGGUGAGCUGGCACUGAGAGGCUUGUUUGUGUUGAGGCAUGUGAAGGGGAAGGACCGACCUCGCAUUAUGGGUUGGUUCGCGUCCUCCCUCUUCGCCCUUUGGUCUGUGCUUGUGGUGGACGUCGCUUGGACCGUCCAGGGACAAGUGACCCAGAAUGACAUCAAGGAUCCGACCGUAUAUGUGGUGCUCCUGGCCAGAAACAAGGAGCACACGUUGCCUUACUUCCUGACGUUGUUUGAGCGCCUCAAUUACCCCAAGGAGAGGAUGAGCCUCUUCAUUCGCUCCGACCACAACCAGGAUAAGACGAUUGACAUCCUACAGGAUUGGCUGGAGGAUAACAGGGACAAGUAUCAUUCAGUUGACGAGCAUUUGGAUCACCUUGGACCCAAGAAAUACUCAGAUGAUAAGUUUGUGUCAGAGUGGAGUGAUGAGAGGUUUGAUAACAUAAUUAGCAUGAAGGAGGAGGCUUUGAAGAAAGCCAGGGGCAUGUGGGCUGAUUUUAUAUGGUUCCUGGACAUGGAUAUUUUUCUUACAGAGCCUGAUGCCCUUCACAUAUUGCUAAAUGAAGAUAAAGCCAUUAUUGGGCCGAUGUUAAACUCUCUCGCCACAUACAGCAACUACUGGGGUGGUAUGACAGAAGAUUAUUGGUACACGCGCACUGAUGAUUACCUUCCAAUUUUGGAACGAAAGGAUAAGGGAUGCUUUAUCGUGCCUAUGGUCCAUUCUUUUGUGUUGGUCGACCUUACACGGAGCGCUUCAGACAAUCUUACAUUUGUGCCAAAGAAUGUUCAAGGGUACAAUGGUCCAAAUGACGAUAUUAUCACUUUUGCAAUAUCUGCAAAGAAUGCUGGUAUUGAUAUGUAUGUUUGCAAUUCCAUAAUAUAUGGGUUUAUCCCUCCACCUCUUGAUGAUAAUCAAGGUAUGGACAUUGACCUUAGACAGCUUCUAAGCAUAAAGCUUGAAAUUCUUGUUUUCUAUCCUUCUGUACCAGUAACCCCAAACUUAGCCAAAUAUGUACCUCCAUUGCCAAGAAAGGAUAAACUAGGUUUUGAUCAGAUAUACUUGAUUAGCCUUGCUCGUCGACAUGAAAGACGUGAGAGAAUGCAACAAUGUUUUGAUGAAUUAGGUUUGGAUGUCAAGAUUUUUGAUGCUGUAGAUGGGCAGCUGCUGAACGAUAGUUAUCUCAAGCAGUUGGGAGUGAAGCAAAUGGAAGGCUACAAGGAUCCCUGGGCACAGAGAGAUAUGACCUUUGGUGAGAUUGGAUGCUUCCUAAGUCACUAUUUCAUCUGGGAAGAUAUAGUAAACAAUGGGUAUAAAAAGGUUCUACUCUUUGAAGAUGACAUUCGAUUUGAGCCUUUCUUUAGGGAGAAAGUAAGGCACAUGGUUCGGCAAUCAACCGAAUUGGUCGAUUGGGACUUGAUCUACCUUGGUCGGAAAAAACUCAAAAGUGCAGAUGAACCAUGGGUGGAUGAUUCAGACUAUUUGGUUCAUGUUGGUUAUUCCUAUUGGACACUGUGCUAUGUCAUCACACUAGAAGGUGCAACAAAGCUUUUAGAUGGUGAGCCUCUUGGGAAGAUGCUGCCCGUCGAUGAAUACCUGCCAAUUAUGUUCGACAGACACCCUGAUGAGGAAUGGAAAGAGAGUUUUGACAAUCGCAAUCUGAAUGCAUAUUCUGUGUCACCGUUAUUUGUGUAUCCAACCCACUACACUGGAGAACCAGGUUACAUCAGUGACACAGAAGAUUCAGUGACCAUUAUCAGUGAUGAAUCUCAAACUACUGUUGAACCAGAACUUGAAGACAAAGGCUUAGGGUUGGAGGUUGGACUGAAUGGACUGGGAAAGGAAGAACUCUGAACUCGGGUAAAUUUUUAAAGACUGGUGAAAAUUCAAAGUUUGACCCAUGAUCUGACAAGUGUUAGAUGGUAACUUUAUUUUGUUUUCUAAUUAUGCUAGAACUAAUUGGUGUUUCCAUGCUGAUUUUUAUUCUUAUAAAGUGACAAGUAGAAAUUACUUUAUUAAUGUCAUUGUAAUUAAAAUGAUUAAAAAGGGUAAUCAUACAAACAAAAUGAAGUGCUUUAUUAGAUAACUUUGUGUUAUUGAAAAAUGUGAUAUUAAUUGUAUGUAAUUUAUGUGCUAACAUGGAAAGUUUAAUCUGAUUUCACCUCUCAUUUUGCUCACAGACUAAAGUAAACAUUUUAAGGUAGUUCAUUUUCUUUAGAAUACCUAUUGAAAUCAUAAUGUAAUGCACUUUUUAUUUGUGAUAUAAGGUAAUGGCUUUUAAUUGUCAGUGGUAAUGUUUCUUAUGAGUAAUGAUUGUAAAGACAGGCAUUCUUUGGGAUCUGAUGUUCAUAUGCUGUUGAAUGUUGGAUGUUUAAAAGAGUUACAGCAUGUACUUUGUAGAAUGAUUAUAUUGUAAUUGUAGAGUGGUCUUGCUUCAAUAGCAGUACAUAUUUACAAAAAAUAUAGCAUAUGAUAUUUUAAACCUUCAAAUUUGCCACAAUGAUCAUGGUUACAUGUUCAUGGUGAUUAGAGGUUUGUUCUUUAGUUUGCUAUUAUUUUUGUGUGCUGUAUUUUUUAUGUCUCUUUUUAUUGUUGUUUAGAAUGUAAUUGCAGUUCACUCUACAAUAUUAUGUGAUUUAAUACCUUAAAUAUUUUUUUGGUUAAUCUGUUAAUAGUUGCUGCUAGUUCCACUUUGUUCAAGCUAGACGUUACAUGCUUGUAACAAACACUAUGUUGUUAGUAGGAUGAGUAUGCCAUUUAUACUCUGACCAGUAUUUUUCAUGUUAGUUGUUAUACAACAUGUGCAUAUAUUCAGUUAAAACCAGUUCUUCAAUAACUGGAGCUUUUUAGAAUGAAAUUAUAGUUUUGCCAUCUUCAGUGCUGACUUGUGCCAUUUACUUAUAAACCAGUGCUUGCUAAAUAAUGUUCUGAAAUUUAUAUGAGAAAAGUCACUGAGUUAUUUUGAAGCUUUAUUUAUGGGACAAGGUUUUUAAAAAGUGAAUUCAUACCUUGUGAUAGCUGCAUAUAAUCUAGGCUGCUUUAACAGUUAAAAGUAGGUGAAGAUUCCACACCAAAACUACAAAAGUACAAAGAGAGGAACUUUUCCUUUUGAAAUAGUAUGAUAGUUACAGACUAAUCCCAAAGGUAUCAUAUUGAAUAUAACAAAGAUUUUCAGAAGCAAUUGGCUGAUUUCCAUUCCUUAAACAGUGCCAUAUUUAUAGAAAUUAUAAAUGAAAAAUAUUUACCUUGAACAGGUUUUAAGGUAUUCAGAUGUAGUGACUUUAUACAUUGUAUUUGAUGUUUUGUAGUUCUUUUCCUUUCAUGGUGUAGCCAUUCUGCAUAAUGGAUUUUGAGACUUUGAUCUGUGUCUUGGGAGUGCAUAGUAUACAAGUAAUGUGAUAUGAAUGGUGCUAUAAAAAUGUGUUCAUUGAAUGCUCUCAUGUACAUUUUAUUUUAAUUUUCAUUUCAUUGUAGUGUUAUUUUUUUUUACUUCAAAACAUUAGUGUAGUGACAUUUUUUUUUUUCAGUGGAUCAGUUAGGGUAAGUAAUAGUGUGCAGAGAAGAGUUUCGUAAAUGUAACCAGUUCUAAAACUGGUAAUUUACAACAAAAUAAUUGUCUUCUGCAUGUUAAGCAAUAAUAAAGUCUUUUAUAUCAGCAA